CUUUACCUCCCCAAGUCCCAUCCACGUCUGUCCCGUCUUAAUCAAAGAAGCGAAGCCCCAUCUUAAGACUCGCCUCUCACCUUCAGCCUCGACUUUUGUCUUGCAUCUCACUAUCGUCGCCUACCUUCUCGCCCUAAAUCUCCCUUCUUCCUCGAUUCGCUUCCGUCGCGCAAUCACCCCGAUACGAUUUCCGGUCCGAGCGUCUCUCCACGCCGUUGUUCUAGGACACGUCCGAUCCCUCAACCUUCAGGUCAUACCGCCACUGCUGCUGCCACUAUCACUCUUGUUAGACGCUCUCCGUACCUCUUCAUCUCGAAACCACAUUCCCAUCUCUCAUUAUGGCCUCCCGACAACCUCCCGCUGGCGCCCGCGGCACUAACACCCGGUUCGCUCAGUUUAAGCUGGUCCUUCUAGGCGAGUCCGCUGUCGGAAAGAGUUCAAUAGUCUUGCGAUUUGUCAAGGACCAAUUCGAUUCCUAUCGCGAGUCCACCAUCGGUGCUGCCUUCUUGACCCAGACCAUCUCUCUCGAUGAGAACACUACUGUCAAGUUCGAGAUUUGGGAUACUGCCGGCCAGGAACGCUACAAGUCUCUCGCUCCCAUGUACUACCGAAAUGCAAACUGCGCCGUUGUCGUUUACGAUAUCACUCAAUCUGCAUCACUAGACAAGGCAAAGGCUUGGGUUAAGGAGCUCCAACGCCAGGCGAAUGAGAACAUUGUCAUUGCCCUCGCAGGAAAUAAGCUGGAUUUGGUUACUGAGCAACCCGACAAACGAGCCAUUCCCACCGCCGAUGCUGAGGCUUAUGCUCGUGAGGCUGGCCUCCUCUUCUUCGAGACUUCUGCCAAGACUGCCGAGAACGUCCAAACUCUUUUCACAGCCAUAGCUAAGAAGCUGCCUCUGGACCAAGCUGGUCCACGACAUGCUCGACCGGGCCAACGACCAGGUGUCAGCCUGGCUCCCGAGAACUCCAACACCAACGUCAGCGGCCCUUGCAGCUGCUAAGCAGGUAUUGAGGUUGAAGCAUCAGGUUUAGAGUCCACUUUUCGUUACGUCCACGCACAUAUCACAGAGGCCUCAGCGUGGAUCCAGCACGACGAGUUGUCCGAGAUUACGGACUCUGAGGUAAUGCAUGAGCUGGGGCGCGUCAUAUAAUUUAUCGGAGUCCUUGGGUUUGGAGGGAUCAGUUCAGUCCAUACUUUUUUAAUACCGAACUUGAAUUUUGUUGCUUGGUAGCUUGAAUGGCCUGGAUGCUCGACUGUGCCGUAGCCUGGCACUUCAGCAUGUCAGAGAAUACGGAGUGGCUAGGGGAGGUAUGAAAACUACAGACCUCGAUCAUAGGCGACUUAAAUGUCUGAAGGUUUCUUAUUCCCCAGAGGUGGCCCAUGAGAUGGACAAGCAGGAGAGUAUGGACGAGCCGCUCUAUAGUUUCUUUUUCUUCACAGCUUCUGAAUAGAUGGCUGCUAUUAAAUGAGUUAUGGGACCAUGUUGUUAAAA